AGUCAGGUCUCAAAUAUGAGCCAUGAAUUCUGUGGAGCAACAGAAAGAGAAAGUGAGAGAAUCUGUUAGAACUGACCCCGACUCAGCUGCGUAGUCAAUGCACUGUUCCAAGAGACCCAGUUUCAGGAGCAGUCUGAUAGCGGAGUCUCCACCAAGUGUCUUACUCCAUACAUAUGCAACCUGAAAUUGACAAACUGAUCAGUCAACUCUUAACACCGGAAAUUCAAAGAUCGGAGAAGAUGCCUGUUGCGGCUGAGAAGAAAAAGGAAGAAGAAGGGGAACUGAGCAAUAUUGACUCAGUUAAAUUGAAGAUAGGGCAGAACGUUAAGGAGUACGUUGACCGUUUUAAGAGCAGGUACUCCAAGAAAAGGAAUCUUAAUUAUUUGUGUAAGGCAGUUGUGGGAGGGGUGGCGAUUCUUGUGGUUCUUGCUUAUGAGAUUAGCAGUCAUCGUCUCGAAAGUUCCCUCUACAACCCAGACGAUGCCGUAUGUGAGGAUCUCUCCGAAGUUAACGAAACUAUGUUUGAAAUCUCUGUAGAUGCUCUCAAUACUUUUCGACGACAAGAAUUGCGGCGGGAUAUGAAACAGGACACAGAUGGAAGCUGGUUAAUGACAAUAGAUGUAAAUAUCGGGGAUCUCACUGCACAGGAUGUCAAUAACUUCAACAAAUAUAUCAACUGCUCUGCGAAAUUCAGAUGGCUGCAUCCAGAGGAUAACGAAAUGUCUUAUUGGAUAGAGUCUCCACGAGAGGCACAGAGAUCGAGAAGUAAACAAAAACAGCCCGAGACGGAUCAAACAGGAUCCAAACUAACUAAAGCUCCGGGUGAUAAACAGAAGAAAGCUCCGGGUGAUAAACAGAGGAAACAGCACCACAAACUCAGAUCUCAGCACGGAAAACAACACUUCCACAAAUUCAGGAGAGGGAGUUUGUCUCAUGGGGAUGUAAGACGAUUAGUAGUAACAGCGAACACUACGUCUCAACGAAUGGAGAUGAUAUUUAAUGAAAAUAUUUGCAUCAAGGGAGGCAACCCUCACAUCUGUGAAUACGAGGAGGAAGCGGAGAUGGUCUACAAAGCCAGGAUUCAGCGGACAGUUGUGUGGCUGGGAAACUUCAAGUUGGGUCAGAUCUCUGCUGCUGUUAUUAAAGAUAAAGAAGCCGGAAAUAAUAUUCUCCGAACGAAGCUGGCGAUUGGUGGGGGAGAAACUCGCUUUACCAGCAGCUCCUUCGUUAACAAAAUCAUCAAUGUAGCAGCGGUGCCCCACGCUAGUGUAAUUUUGUACGACGAGAUUUAUGCUCAGAAUAUUUACCAACACAUGAUGGAGGAGUCUUUUAUUAGUGCUACCAUUAUGCAAUACCUACAUGAGGAUUAAUAAACUCUUAAAGAGAAAGUUGGCAAUGUAAAUUAUAUCAUUUUAUUGGACUAACACGUGAUUACUUAAGACCUGUCGUGGCUCGAGAAUAUUUUCUUUGAACGCUAUAUUCGAUCGGUUUCUGUCGCAAUUAAUUUAUUGGAUUGUUAUGUUUUGUUUGUUUAUAUUCAUCUUGUGCUAUUUUGUGAUGAUGUGAACUUGCUACUGUAUUUGUAAUGUU